AUGGAUAAUCAAAAGUUUUGUUUUUCAUCGGUAACACUACGUAUUGAUUUUGGUUUCCAAGAUCGAUUUAAUCUCAACAGUCAACUUGAACAUUUGCAAUCGAAAUACGUUGGGACAGGACAUGCGGACACUAAUAAAUUUGAAUGGAUGGUGAACCAACAUCGCGACAGCUAUGCUUCAUAUAUUGGCCAUCAUGCGUUGAUUUCUUACUUUGCUGUUGCCCAGAAUGAAUGUAUUGCACGUGUGAAAUUUGAGUUUGUCGAGAAAAUGCUGCAACCCUGCGGAUUACCAGUUCCAAGAGACGAGCAAUAA